ACUUGUUUUUAUGAGGAAGUGAGUGUUGGUGCAGUGCGUUGAGAGGAGGGUUUCGGAAAACCAGUUGGAAGGCAGUUCGAGCCCGGGUUCGAGUUUAGUUUCGUACUGUUCGCCUGAAGGCUCGUACACACAGUUGACUCUCGGGGUUUUGGCUGCGGUGUUGACGGCGUGUGUCGUGACGUGUGAGAAGAAAUUUGUAAAAAGGAAAAAUAAGCAGCAAACGAAUUGUUUUCUUUUUUUGUGAGUGUGUGAUUGCAAUUCUCUCAAGAAAGUCGAGCGACCGCUAGAAACGGAAGUUCGGUCAAGUGAAGAACACACAGCGAUUUCAGCUCAAGUGAGAAAAGCAGAGACCCGUCGGUAAACUGGAACAGGUUCGGUUCGGUUGUUCGCGGCUCGCGUCGUUCGGUUGUCGUCAUUGUUGCCACAGUGGUCGCGCGAAAAUUGGUCAAAAUUGAGAGAAUAAAACGAAAACGUGAAUCCUCUAGUGAGUUAAGUGGAAGCGGUACUUCCAGCAGCAGUUCGGCAACGGUAGCGGCUAUUACAGCGGCGGCGGAAGCUCACCACCGGAAGCAGCUGGCACAGCACGAAAGGAUGCUGCUGGACACACAGAACAAUAACAAUAACGGCGGCGGAGGUGGAGUCGGCGGACCCACCAACUCCAUGGGACUGGUGGGGCAGAUGGGUGGACCGAUGGUGAACCAUCGGAAUGUGGCCGCGUCGGCGGCGGCCCUGCAAGCGGCGGCCGCGGCUGCCCUGACGGCGGCCAAAGGCGCGACGGACUUUUCGAUCGCGGCAAUCAUGGCACUGCGGGAGGGUUCCGCAAGCCGGAGCCCUCUGGAAGCAGUUUUCGUAAGUGGACCCCCCAGCUCGGUUGAUCGGCUGUCCGAGGUGGACGACGAGGUGGACGUUGACGUGGAGGAGUGCUCCGACUCGGAGGAGGCGGCCUCGCGGUCCGGCCGGAACUCACAUUCCCGGGCGACCGCCACGCCCAACUCGGUGUCCGACGAGGAGCGGCUCACGCCGGAACCAGCCUCGAAACGACCGCAGAUCCAGGGCUCGUGCAACUCGGACGAUCUGCGGCCCGUACAGUGCCACCUCGAAACCAAGGAGCUGUGGGACAAGUUCAACGAGCUUGGCACCGAGAUGAUCAUCACCAAAACGGGACGACGCAUGUUCCCGACGGUGCGGGUGUCCUUCUCGGGGCCGCUCCGCCAGAUUACGCCUGCCGACCGGUACGUGGUCCUGCUGGACGUCGUCCCGGUGGACAACCGGCGCUACCGUUACGCGUACCACCGGUCCGCGUGGCUCGUCGCCGGCAAGGCAGAUCCCCCGCCGCCGCCGCGGCUGUACGCCCAUCCGGACACCCCGAUCGGGGCGGACGCCCUGCGCAAACAGGUUAUCUCGUUCGAGAAAGUCAAGCUCACCAACAACGAGAUGGACAAGAAUGGCCAGAUUGUCCUCAACUCGAUGCACCGCUACCAGCCGCGCAUCCACCUGGUGCGUCUCGUGCCCGGCCAGAAUAUCCCCACCACGCCAAAGGAGCUGCAGGAGGUCGACCACAAGACGUACGUCUUCCCGGAGACGAUCUUUACCGCCGUCACGGCGUACCAGAACCAACUCAUCACCAAGCUCAAGAUCGACUCGAACCCGUUCGCCAAAGGCUUCCGGGACUCGUCCCGGCUAACCGACUUCGAUAGUUUCCCGGGCAUGGAUCCCAUGGACGCACUGCUGCUGGAACAGCAUCUCCGUUCACCCCUGCGACUCUUCCCGGACCCGUUGAUGGCUCAAUUUGGCGGCGGCGGCCCGAUGCCGGGCCAAGAUCCGGACGGUGCCCAGGCGGCCCUGCUGGAGAAGGCCCGCCAGCACCUGCAGAUGUGGGGCCGUGCCGCCCCGUACGGUGACCUGCUCAUCCCCCAGAUGUACGCCCAACGACCCAACAUGGCCGCUGCCCUGAACCUGGGCCACCUCUGGCAGAGCCAGUGGCCCCAGCAGUUCCCACCGGGCUUCCUGCCGAACGCAGCCGCCGCCGCCGCAGUAGCGGCACCCACCGCCCCUCCUCCACCCCCACCACGAACAACCCCUCCACCACCCGGACCAUCCCAAACCAUGACCAGUCCGGCUAGCUCGGCCGGCUCUCCCUCGCCCGACCUCCGAGCCAAGCACUUUUCCCGCUUCAGCCCGUACCAGAUCCCGCAACACCACCACCAGCAGCAGCAACAGCCCGGUCCGGCACCCCCCCACCAAUCACCUUCCCCGAGAAGUCCCUCAAACUAAACUUCUCGCGCGCUGGCAACACUGCCGCCCUCAGAGGCUGAUCAUCAAAUCACAGUAUUAACAAAACGCAACUCUCGCAGCAUCACGAAGCGAGUUCACGAACAAACAACAAAAACCCAGUGAAAAGCCUCGUGACAAAAACAAUAAAAAUCGUUUCAUCCUGUAAAUAUUCAUCGCUAUUUAUUGCUCGCCAAACUUGCAUCCUCAGUAAAGAAAAAAUAAAAUUUUUGAGCAGAUAAUUGUAAUCGUUGCAAUCUUAGAACCACCCUUUUCCUUCGUUUUCAUCGUAUUAAGGCUUCAUCUCAUUUCCAAAUUAAAAAAAUAUUGUAAAAAUGUUAAAAGUGAGGAGGCUAGGAUCUCGUUUCUGUUUCUGUGCUAGAGAAUUAGUUUAGUGUUCCGAAUAAAAAAAAAAAACUAAAAAUAU